UUGGCAUCCACUCAACUGUGGUUUCAAUUGUGCUCACAGUGCUGUAAGAAUUUCGUCUUGAAAAACAUUUGGGUUUAAUUCAAUUUCCAACUCCCAACACUUUCUGUGAAUGAUUGCUGUUUUGGCACAAAGGAACGGCCCUCGUGUGUGGUGAUCUCGUGAUUGCAUGCCCGCGCCGCCCAGAAGGAUAACAAAACCCGCGGUGAGAGUGUCUCAAAAUAGAGCCUCGAGUUUUCUUUGUGAUGUGGAGAUGUGAAGGAACGAAUCGGAAUAAGAUUUGAUGGUGAUUUCAUGAAAGAGUGAAACGAGAUUUCAGAAGAAGUACAGCAUUAAAUGGGACACAACACACCUUAAAAGUCAGAGAGGCGCAUUUUGAUCUCCGUGGAAUGUGACUGGAAAGAUGUGAAAUUUCUUGGGCGCAACGCAAUCUCAAUUCUGUGCUCUUGUGUGUGCUCUCUCACUCUCUGGAGUUCGUCCAGCAAGGAAAUUCAGUGGUGGCCAUUUAAUGCGGUUGAAGCAACGCAAAUUGGGCGAUAAGAGAUAGCUCAACGAGGCCCAGCAUUAUGGACCAAUUCAGCUUGUUUGACAUGAUGACAGCCAGAUGGGCUAAUUUUGAUUCACAAGAGAGCCAGUCGCGGAUCAUCUUGGAGCCGAUUCUGGAGGAGACGAGUGACGAUGACGAGGAGGCGAAGGAGUUGUGGUCGAUUUCGCAGUACGAGACGAGCUGGAGCUCCUCGUCGGACACGGGAUCCGUGAUUAAGCUGGACUCGUUCGGUCAGGAGGCCGAUUGCAUAUCGGAACGUGACUUUCUGUGCCCGCCAAAGCGCCGUCGACACGAGUGGAGUGAUGUUCUGACGGAGGGAAUGGCGAAGAAAGGCGGCAACAGAGACGUGACUGGGCAGAAAAUUCGCUUGGACGCUCUCCUCGAUGAGCCAGAAUAUCACAAACGACGAUUUCGCUUAGAGGAGAACAGCCAUGACUACAAUUCGGACAGCGAGAGCUCUCUAAGUAGAACAUCGUCUCUCAUCCAAUUCGAGUCACUGGAGAAGCAGCUUCAGAGCGAGAGUCAGCUGUACAGCUCCUCGCCACUGCUAUUUGCGUACGAGUCCACGGAUGGUAAAUAUAGCAGCGGCGUGUCAUCAUCACCUUAUAAGGGGGCGACGACAUUGGACACGGAUAAGGUGAAUCUCGGUCCGGGUGAUAAGAUAUUCAAGACAGUGACAGGGAACUUCGCGUACUACAAUCAAUAUCUGGCGGAGUCGCUGGAGACGGGCGCCACAAGUAAUGAGAGUGACGACAGUAUCAAGAAGUGCUCCUGCUCGGCCAGAGGUGACGAGGUGCUGGGCCCGAAGGGAAAGAGUUCCCUGGAGAACCUGAGCGAGGACAGCGGCUACUGCGAGCACUCGAUUCAGCUGCGGCAGAAGACACCGCCGAGUAAUCCGAUUAGCGCUCUGUCGCUUGGCGGAAAGGCGUUCGGCCGCCGGCCAGUGUCUGAUCCCGUGGCAUUUCGCGGCGUGUGCGAGGAAUGCGGCGCCGGUGGAGUGUGCAAGUGCAGCGAAUUGAUGUGCAGAGAUCCUCCUGUGUACGUAAACAGUGGUCUUAAAAUAGGCACGAUGGAGCCGGCGAAGGUGUCGGAGAGAGCCGAUGCUAAAAAUACGGGAAGGAGGAGCAGAAGCCUGCUAAAGACAUCAUCACACAGUCUGCCGAAUAUUUUUUACCAUUCACAAAGUGAUGGCGAAGAUAGAGCAGUAUUUUGUGUAACUGGUGAUUUUGCGACUGAAAAUAAUUCAGAAGCAUCCGCUGGGCGAUACGUAAUUGCCACUUCCUGCAAGGCAGCGCCUCGUGAUCCCUACAGUGACUUCCUCAAAGUCACGAGCUUUCCCGAGGGCCUCAAUAACUAUGAGAGCAGUGAUUCCUUCGACGAUCUGGACUUUUACAGUGGUGAUUCGGUGAAUAGUGCCUCUGUGGCGCAUCAGAAUCUGGACUUGAAUAACUUGAGAAUUGCGAAGCGACCUGGCAAGAGCGCAGCUCCACAGAUUGCGCAACCCAAGCCAGCCAACGUGACCGCGAGCUGCAAUAAUCUCACUGCCUUGGACUAUUCAGAUCAUCAGCAUUACGGAACGCGCAUCAUGAGCGACUACAGGCGGCGGCAGCAGCAGCCGCGGCCAUUCAUUGAGAACCCGGAGAUCACGCUCAUGGACGAGAUCUCGUUCAACUUCGAUCGCAAUCUGUCCAUUAUGAACGACCAGAGGGGGGAUUACGAGCCCGGCGAGGAGAUGACAGUGGGUGUGCUGUGCAUAAAGCCGCCGCAGCCGCCGCCACGUGCGGGCAGGAAGGCGCCUCACCCCAUUCCCACGCCCACCCCGCCGGAGACAAUGAGUGUGUCCAAAGACAGCCUCACCUUCGAUCGUGAUCCCACGAAUCUGGUGACUUGCUACGCCGCCAGCCUCGAGAGGUGCAAUUUUCCGCUGACGGACAGCCUCAGCACAAUUCCUCAGACGUGCGACAGUGAGAAUGAAUUGCCAUCGUACAAGUACAGCUUCACCACAAGUCAGCACAGAGGUCUGGUGCUCAGCACGCCCAAUUUGUCAUCGCGCCUGAGUGUGACGGACGAGGGAAGUGGCAAAGAGAAGAGCCCCAAUGUGCCGGGGAUACUCAACACGACCACGUCCAGGGGGUCGCUCUUUAAGGAGGUCAGUUUCCACCCUAUCGUCUCAGAGAUCAGCUGGAAGCACGAGCCGGGACAUGAGUCACCGGAGGAGGAAGAGGACGAGGAGGAAGAUGAGGAGGAGUACCCAGAGUCCGACCCAGAUGACAAUGCAGAGGACGCUGACGAUGAGGAGCAGUACGAACCGAAAAUAGUGAGAUCACCAGCGCAUGAGGCCAGCAGCAAUUCUCCCAGUGUCGAGCAGAACGAUCAGCGUCACGUGAUCGGCGUGGAUCGUGUGAGUGUGUUGCCGGAAAGAGACAGUGAAAUCAUGGAUAACGUGCCUAGAGCAGACGAGCCGACGAGCGCUGGAAGUGCUGUGGACAAUACCGUCAGUCGCAAUAUGGUCGUGAAGGAGGAGACAACGCACAGUGAAAUCGAUGGGCGUCAGAGUGUGAAGCCGAGUGUGAUGGAGGUGAAUAAUUGGGGUGCUGUGGAGGGUAAGAAGAAGCGUAAGGGUGGCUUCUUCUCGCGCCUCUCGAAUUUCCGCUUCUCGCUGAGGAAUAAAUCGAAGAAUUCCGCGAAGAAUAACAACAAUAAAAACGCUGACGCAGUUGCAGCGGAUCCGAAGGCCAGCCGGAAGGGCAAGAAGCCUGAGUCUGGCGCGCUUGAGACGGAGACGAGCAGGGAUUUCAUCUAUAUACCGCUCAAGGAGCCCAUCGUGAGGAGGGGCAACGCCGAGAGCCAGGUGGAUGAGUAUCAGCACUCGCCGCGACUCAGUCAGAGGGGCAACGGCAUGGGCAACGGAAGUGGUGUGAGCGAUUACUAUCACACGGUGGGCAACAAUGUGGUGCACUCGAAGCCGCCGCUGCCCAAGCAACCCCCACGUGUUGUUGGCGUUUGUGCAAAGCGCCACGGGGACAGCACGCAUGCACCCCGGGCGUCGUCCACCCCACGGGAAAUCGAUGGGAGACGUCGGUACGAUGCAGCCACCGCCGAGCAGUAUCACCGUCAUCAGCGUCCCGGCACCACGAUGAUCAGUGAGCACAAAAUCGGGCUGAUUGAGACGAAUCUCGACACACACGAGACAAUCAUCACGGGCAAGACGCGGAGUCUCAUGGAGUUGGGCACACAGCGCCUGGCACAUCCCAAUGUGCUGACGAGCGAGCAUCGCACAAUGCCUUCCGAUGAACCCAAGAGGCCACACAAAAGCAUGGAAUUUUUGCUGGACAAGGAGAAUCAGCGAUUCACACUGCCACCAGAGAAUGAGCUGCAGAAGACACACGAGACGCCAUUGAGUGAGCACCAGUUGAGAGUACAAGCCUCGCUGCAGCGACUAAACAUCCCGGACUGGUACAAGCAGUACAACACGACGCUGAAGCCUGUGGACAGGACGCCAGGGACGAACUAUCGCAAGCGGAACAGCGAAUUUGGCAAAUGGGCCGGGCUCAGCUCCAAGACCACUUCUCUGAGCUCCCUGGGGUCGCAGAGGGCGGACAAGGGGUCGCUGCUCUUGAGCCCGUCCUCCCACAGUCAUCAUGGCAAUACAGGAUUCUCGAGAUGGUCAACGUCUCACCUCAAUUCGACGCAAACGUCCCCCAGCAUAUCCGGACGCAGCUCGUUCUCGCGCGGCACCACCAACAGCAGCUACAUGUCUGGCCACUCUUUUAUAAAUCCAACUGUUGGAACGAAUAUAAGAAGCUCGUACAGACAACCUUAUCUGGGGUGGCGAAGUCAGGAGAAAUUGGCCCAGCCUCGAACUCCCGCCGAACGACUCGCAUCAUCGCUGCUGAGUCAACAGCAGCAGGACAGGAAUCGGCAGCAGAAGUCAGAGACGGAAAAUGCGGAGAUUCAAACGUCUAUAAAGGAAGUGACUUCGGCCAUUGUUCAUUAUGUGAAUGAUCAGAAUAAUCGCAAUUCACGGAGUCGAUCAACUAGUCCGAACCUUCGGAAGUGCUGGCUCGAGAGCUCAUUUGUGGGCAUCGGACCAGUGGAUCAGAGUCCGCAGACGCCAACCAUCGAUCGCAGCUUUUCAUCGCAGCAGCAGCAGCAGCAGAUCAGUAGAUUAGCCACUAAUUCCGCUCAUGUCAAUGGCGUUGGCCCCCAAAUCCCAAUGCUGGCCCUCCCGAUGGAGAGACCUUCGCCAGGAUCAGCGACCCUCGAGGAUGUCCUGGCGUCGCUGCUUGGAUUGCCCACGGAGCCCAGCAACAGGUCCUCAUCAGGGGUUACAGGUAAUGGGAAGAAGGAGGACGCGAAUGCGCUGACAGUAGAAUCCGUCCCGCUGCGCCGCCACAGCGAAGGUGACGCCGCGAAGCGCUGCGCCGCAGAUCGGAGCCGCGAGUCGCGUCGCGUGAGUCUGGACUCGUCGGAUGCGAGCGGCGGCGCCGGCCGGAGCGGGGAAGUGCUCAAGUGUCGGUACCACAAGUGCGAGUCCACGGCCACCGUGGCGGACGCGAAGAAGUACUACAAGAGCUGCCACAACUGCUCGCAUCUGUACUGCUCGCGCGAGUGCCGGCGGGCGCACUGGGAGCGCCACAGGAAAGCGUGCCUGCACUUGCGGGUGUCGACACUCUGCCGGCAGGUGCUGUCGGCGUGCAAGGAUGAGCCGGACACGCUGCGCAAUCUGAGUCUGCUGGCGAAGCGCGGCCACCUGUCGCAGGGGCGCGGCGUGGUGCGGAUUCUCUUCCGCAGCCCCGAGGCGGCCGAGACGUUCAUCAAGCAGGGCUUCCAGAGCCUCGGCGAGACGUCCUACGUGCGCUGGCCGGACCUCAUGCCGGCCGAGAUGGGGCCGGAGCUGUACUCGGAGCUGCUGCGCCUCAGCACGGAGUACAAGCCAGAGACCAAGAUGCUCGUCUACGUGGCCAUCUGCGUGGUGUCCGAGGCGCCAGGCCCGGCCGCCGCGGCGCCCGUCAAGUGGGAGCGGCAGCUCGUGUCGCGUUGCGCCAAGCUCAAGAUCUGCAAGACUGUCCUCAGCGACCUGGCCAACCUCAAGGCGCCCGCGCACCGGCCCGAGGAGGACAUGGAUAUCCUCAUCCUCACGUUCAGCCGCCGCGGCCGCGAAGUGGUGCUGCACAAUAUCCAGGCCAUCCUCAAGCAGCGCGGCGUGAACCUGCGCAAGAACUACCCAGACGUCUUCCAGCGCCUCAGCAGCUUCGCGGACGGCUCGGCGGAGCGCUUCCUGCCCGUCACGCUGCACCCCAAGGACUCCGCCACGGGACGCACCUUCGUCUGCAUCAUCAUGCCGCACGGCGGCGACCCGGACCAGCUCAAGAUGCCAAACUCCGACGCCGGCAGCCACGUGCAGGUCGUCAACGUGAGCCUGGAGCACCUGGACUACAUCUCGGCGCUCGCCAAGUGAACCACGCGAAGCCUCUCCCUCGCUUCCCACCCUCAGCUGCCCCUCAGAAGCGCCCCCGGCCGGGAGUGACGCCCAAUUGCGCCACUUUCCACGGGGAUGCCCAACUGAAGUGGUCUCUAAAUCUAAAACUCUCUCUAACGAUAGGCUACAAAAGUAACAUUUAAACCUGACGCGACCUACUUUACAAAAGGCAACUCAACAUAUUGCAUCUUAAAAGGAUCUAGCUAUUAAAGGUAUAUCGAAUUUUUCCCAUUUGCUAUCACUGAAUUGGGAAUGAAUGGCAUUUCCUCGUCUGACUAUUUGUAUAGUUAAUAGGUUAAUUUCUAGUCAAUGGCCAAUAAAUUAAUAUACUUUCCAUAGAUAGGCGACAGAAUAUUAUAGCAUAUUAAAUAUAAUCUUGAAUGAUUGCUCGUAGAAAAUUUUUGUUACCCACUAAGGAUGUGUUCAUUCCCAAGGAAGAAAAGUCUCUGCAUAAUCUUCAUAUACUCACUAUAUAUUUCAUUGAAGGUGUGGAGAAAUGGAUUGUAAAAUGAGAGGAGCUUCAUGACUGUAAUAUUUAAAAAGAAAAAAAAAGUAUCUUAUUCGAGAAUCUUUAGGACUUUCGCAUUUUUGGCUGAAAUUUAACGCGAAGAUGAGAGAUAAUCAUUGUUGCAUAUAUUUGGCGAUGGAGAAAUUAUAAGAAAUUGUGCCCAUUAACUUCCAGAGAGUAUAAAAACCGCAUAACUUUCAAUAAUGUCAUAAAAUCAAAAGAAAUCGGAUAUUCAUUAUUCUCAAGUAAGCGAUGAAAUAUUCAAUAUUUCAUAGAAGAAGAAAAAAACAUAAUAAGAUAUAAUGAAAUAUAUUUUAGAACCUAUAUGAAAGUGCAUAGCAAAUAAAAACGUGUUAAACCUAUUUAAAAAAAAAUGAUUAACCACUUAUUUUUGAGGCUGAACUUGUUGAAUUUAUAUAGUUAGCUAAGAUUUUUGGUUAAAAAGAAGAAGAAGAAGGAAAGGAAAGAGGCAAGAAGUAUUAUAGAUGAGAAUCAAAUGAUAUUGGGCUUGAUUUUGAAGAAAUCACACAAUUUAAUGGAGCAAAAUCCGCAUAGAUAUUCGAUAUACAUCAUAACAUAUUUAAAACAAAUGUUUAAAUUAUAUUGUUUUUCCUCUCGUGAAUGUAUUUAUUUAAUAAUAAAAUGAAAGGACAUUUUGAA